UUUUAUUUGUUUAAAAAAAAUUUAGUAGCAAUUAUGAGUUGCUGUGGCAAUGAUGACGGCAACAAAACUGUCGGUGAAUUGGACACUAAGCGGACAGCCCUAUUGGUCGUCGACUUGCAGGACAAGUUCGGGCCAAUGAUUCAAUACUGGAGUCAUAUAAUUGAAAUUUCCCGACGGCUUGUCCGUGCGGCCCAUAUAUUGGAUUUACCAAUUUAUGUUAGCGAACAAAAAGGUUGGGGUUCAUCGGCAUCGGAGUUAUCGCUCAAUAGUUAUACAAAUAUUAAUUAUGUAUCGAAAACACAGUUUUCAAUGCUAUUACCGGAUGUAUUGAAAUCCAUGAAAGCUAAACACCCGUCGGUCGACACACUCAUAGUAUGCGGUGUUAUGGCUCACUGUUGUGUACAGUCGACUGUCCUGACAGCCAUCAAACACGGCUAUACUGUCCAUGUGGUGGUCAAUGCGGUCAGUUCGCCGACAAUGACCGAUCGCAAGUACGCUAUCAAACGUAUGCGACAAUCGGGUGCUUUCAUAACUACAUUUGAAGCGGCCGUUCUUGGACUAUUUCGCGCUGAAUCUGAUCCCAAAUUUCAAGAGUUUUAUUUAUCCGGUUAUUUAAAACCAAUACCCGAUAAUAUCAGUUUAUUAGAGCAUAAACCGGAAAAAUAAAAAAUUAUAAUUUGACAAAAAAUUAUUAAACAAAUAUUUUUUUU